UUGACAGGCGCAUCGAAUUUUCAGAAAAUGUGACUUUUUACCACGGAGGUUUGUGGAGGCAAGCAGGAGCCGCCCUUCUAGCAUGGCAGUUUCGUCUGCGCUGCGGCGCCUCCGCUCCCCGCGGCUCCGCCUGGCCGCCGCCUUCUUCUACGACAGCGCCGCUGCCGUCGACGUGUCCAACCACGUCCAGGACCCGAACCGCCGCGUGGCCGAGCUGGCCGCCGCCGGGCGCGUCUCCGACGCCCGCAGGCUGUUCGACCGAACGCCGGACCGGGACGUGGUGUCCUGGACGGCGCUGGUCGCGGCGUACGCGUGCCAGGGCAUGCUCCACGACGCGCGGGCGCUCUUCGACCGCCCCGACGCGCGCCGGAACGUGGUAACCUGGACGGCGCUCCUCUCCGGCUACGCGCGGGCAGGACGCGUCGACGAGGCCGAGGCGCUGUUCGGGCGGAUGCCGGAGAGGAACGUCGUCUCGUGGAACACGAUGCUGGAGGCGUAUACCUCUUCCGGCCGCGUUGGAGAUGCGUGCACGCUGUUCAACGGUAUGCCGGUAAGGGAUGCUGGUUCCUGGAACAUUCUUCUCGCUGCGCUGGUACGAUCAGGGAACAUUGAUAAAGCGCGUAAGCUGUUUGAUAGAAUGCCGGAGAGGAAUGUGAUGGCAUGGACGACGAUGGUUGCUGGCAUUGCACGGAGUGGAAGUGUCAAUGAGGCUCGGGCGCUGUUUGACGGCAUGCCGGAGAGGAAUGUCGUUUCUUGGAAUGCCAUGAUCUCUGGAUACGCUCGAAACCACAUGAUUGAUGAAGCUCAUGAUUUGUUCAUGAAGAUGCCUACGAGGGACAUUGCUUCUUGGAAUAUUAUGAUCACUGGUUUUAUCCAGAACAAAAAUUUGGAGAGGGCACAAGAACUCUUUGAUAAGAUGCCUAGAAGGAAUGUAGUUACUUGGACUACUAUGAUGAAUGGUUACUUGCAAAGCAUACAGAGCGAAACAGCACUCCAGCUAUUUAAUGGUAUGCUUAUUGAUGGAAUCAGACCAAAUCAAGUGACAUUUUUGGGGGCCGUUGAUGCAUGCAGCAAUCUUGCCGGACUCAGCGAAGGGCAGCAGGUGCAUCAGAUGAUAUGCAAAACACCAUUUCAGUUUGAUACUUUUAUCGAGUCCACCCUGAUGAAUUUAUAUGCCAAAUGUGGCGAAAUUAUAUUGGCAAGGAAAGUGUUUAAUCUCUCCAAGGAGAAGGAUGUCAUAUCUUGGAAUGGGAUGAUUGCGGCAUAUGCACAUCACGGGGUUGGCCUAGAAGCUAUACACUUGUAUGAAAAGAUGCAAGAAAACGGGUAUAAGCCUAAUGAUGUCACAUAUGUGGGAUUGCUUUCAGCAUGUAGCCACUCUGGUUUGGUUGAUGAAGGUCUUAGGAUUUUCGAAUACAUGGUAAAGGAUAGGUCCAUUGCCGUGCGGGAUGAACAUUACACUUGCUUGAUUGAUCUUUGUAGCCGAGCUGGACGACUUGGUGACGCAAAAAGAUUAAUUCACUUUCUUAAGGUUGAGCCUUCAAGUACUGUUUGGAAUGCCCUUCUAGGUGGGUGUAACUCACAUGGGAAUGAAAGUAUCGGUGAUUUGGCAGCUAGAAAUCUCUUAGAAGCGGAACCUAACAAUGCUGGAACUUACACUCUCUUGUGCAACAUUUAUGCUUCUGCUGGUAAGUGGAAAGAAGCAGCAAAGAUUCGGUCCGAGAUGAAUGAUAGAGGGCUAAAGAAACAGCCAGGAUGUAGUUGGAUCGAGGUGGCAAAUAAGGUUCAUGUAUUUGUAUCACGUGAUAAGUCCCAUAGUGAGUCUGACUUGAUUAAUAGCUUGCUGCAAGAUAUUCAUGACAUAAUGAGGAUGGCUGAUACUGUUCCCAGGGACCAUACACAGCUUAUAGAUGGGGAGCUAGUGGGUCUUCAAGUGUAAUUUUAAACAUAUCCAGCCAUAGUUCCAGGAUUUAGCAAGGACGCAUCUUACACUACACCACUGUAUCUGAGAACUGGGCUACCUUCUAGAGAGGGCUGCCCUAUGGUGUUUGUGUUACCUUAUGAGCUCAAUGCUAUGGCAUAGGACCUCAGGGAAAGAUGGCCCUCAUAUUUGGAGAUUUAUUACGAGAGAGCAUCCGAGUUCUUCUCUGUUCAGGGUUCUUCAGAAUGGCAAUAUUGAAAGCAUAAACUGGGUGAUAGUCAAGGCCCUUGAAGUAGGAAGUCUUCGCAUUUAUCUUCAACCCUGAAUCUUAUUUCUCUUGCCGACUUGUUGCAGCUUUGCCCUGUCUGACGGCGCCUGGUAUCACAGGUUUUGCAAGUCGAUGUAAUUAUAGUACAAUACCAAGAGUUGCUAUACAAGGAACGAAAAGAUCAAACUUAUCAAGACCUGCUAUAUUUGCACUUGGACCAUGGGAGGUUUUCCGUAUCUCAGGGCUGCUGUUACAGUUGCAGGCUAAGGUGAUGAAUGAACUCCAGAUCUCUUCCGAAAGGCUAUCCCCAUACUCAACGCUGUGACGGGGUGGCGGCAAUGAAAUCGGUCGGCGCUGCAGCCAUCUUCGGGAAGCGGCCAGUCUCUGCCAUGCGCCCAUGCCCAUGCAGAUGCAGCAAGGAGUUCUAAAGCUUAUGGCUCAGGAGAUGGUUGUUCUUGUUCCCGAAUUGGAGGAAUGAAUAGCAUGUUGCUCGCAAAAUUUCUCAGCAAUACCUGCGUGCUGUGUGUUGUGUGAUGCAUGUAUGAGUACAUUUUUCUGAAGGGGUAGGAGUACAUUUAUGUUGUAGCUACCA